AAGCUGCAAGCGGACCAACCUCACCAAAACGACGAUGAGUGAGAGUACUGGCAAUACGCCUGCUGCGGCUCCACAGACUCCUGCUGAGGGUACUCCAGCACAGGCGGCACCACAAGCAAGCGUGCAGUAUUAUGAGCAUAUCAAGAAGGAGCUGAAGAGCAUAAUUUCGCAGAAGCGGACGCUUGAUAAGAACCUUGCGUCGCUUGAAGAACAGAUCUUUACGCUGGAAGGGCAGUAUCUUGAGGAUACCGCGCAAGGCGGCAACAUCAUCCGCGGGUUCGAGAACUUCCUCAAGAGCAACACCUCCCGACGGCGAACCGAGUUCAGCGAAAACGAUCGUUUAUUCUCGCUAUCCAGCGCAAGUUACUUACGUACGUUGAAGGACAACGGCGCCGAGUCUGAUGUGGAGGUACCAAGAACCGACAAAAAGAAGAAGAAGAGACGGAAGAACGGGGAGGACUCGAGCGACGAAAGUGAUGGAGAGAGUGAAGCCACAACGAAGAGGCAGAGAAUAUCUUUUAAGGAUUGAGAGGGUUUGAUGGGUAUGGACGGCGUUUGGGAAUGAAUUCUUUUGGGUUGGAAUGAAAGUAGGCAAUGGCGAUUGAUACCCCGUGGCCGGUUAUAAUAUGACUAUACUUCAAUACGAACAUUGAAC